UUUUUUUAAAUAAUAAGAUAUGAUGGGUUGUCGUGGGUGAAAAGUGUUUGGAGAGGGUUAUAAGCACUGCUAGAAAUAAGAGAGUUUGAUUAACUAUUUGGAAACGGGUUUAUACCAAAGCUCUCUCUACAUUUUAUGUAAAACGGUAUUUAAAAAUGUGUUAAUUAAUUUUUCGGGAAUUAGGGUUAUACUUUUAUAAUGAUUAUAGAGAUAUUGUUUAGCAGUUAAACGUCUCCUUUCACAUAGAUGCAAGUUAUGCACAUAUUCUGACUUAAAUUUUAGUAUUUUAUUAUGUAAUGUCCUUUUUCAAGUCAUAUAUAUAAAUAGCAGUUAUUUCGUGAUAUUAUUGUAGGUUUUUUUUUUUUUUGAGGUCUGUGCAAAGCUACGAUCUUGUUAUAUGACGUGAGUAGUAGUAUAGAGAAGCGGAAAAAAAGAGUAUAUUCACAAAAAAAUAAUAGUACUGUUAUUAUAGGCUACCAUAAUAUAAUGAAAUAUUUACAUUACGUUUACAGAGCAACUUUUCCUAUGGUCGUCACUGAAGAAAGCUUCUUGCAACCAGAUGGUGUAUAUGAGAGAAACGAGAGAUCCAAUCGCAGUAUUUAAUGGGGCAUCCAAAAUCACUAAUGGACACCACCAGUGGACACCCAGGGAACACAGAUCAGACACUGUGACAAUACCCCCCCUCUUAGGAGCAGCUACCAGAUGCUCCACCGAACACAAGAACAGACCGAGGUACACAGAGACAAGGAGGGAGGUGGAUUGUUGGAGGAUAAGGGGGAGUGACGGAGGGCCAGGUCCAUAGUGGGAAACAGAGAAAAACAAAAACAAAACAAAGAGGCCAGGAGGUAACGGAAAGUUCAAGGGCCCAGGGCAGAGCUGACAGACCAGGAAUCCAGGGUGGCACAGGUGGAACUGGAGCCCACCACAGCCGAGGAGACGGGACUGACGCCCAACAGGUCGGUGCAGAGAACCACCACCGCCUUGUGGUCGAGACAGAGGCUCACCAAGGCAGCACAGAAGGGCCACCACAGCCGAGCAGACAAGACAGAUGUCCACCAGGGCAGCGCAGAGGACCACCACCUCCGUGUGGUCAAGACAGAGGCCCACUAGGGCGGUGCAGAAGACCACCACAGCCGUGUGGUCGAGACAGAAGCCCACCAGGGCGGCGCAGAGGACCACCGUAGCCGUGUGGUCGAGACAGAAGCCCACCAGGGCGGCGCAGAGGACCACCGUAGCCGUGUGGUCGAGACAGAAGCCCACCAGGGCGGCGCAGAGGACCACCGUAGCCGUGUGAUCGAGACAGAAGCCCACCAGGGCGACACAGAAGACCACCACAGUGGGAUCGAUGGCACAGGAGAGCAAGUCUGGUUAGGUCUUCGGGACAUAUUCAGACAAUGGGGAAGACACAGGCGUUUCUUUCUGGUUUAAUCAUUAUAUCAUGUUUCCUUGUAAGCACUGCACAGCAAACAGGAUGCCUGGAUGAAAACCCGCCAUAUGACAUUGUAUUCCUCGUGGAUAGUUCUAGCAACAUCAGUACUCGAGACUUCCAGGAGGUUAAAAUGUUCAUGCACACUUUUGUGGAUGGUUUGGAUAUCGACAUGAAAAAGGUACAAGUUGGCAUUGCUCAGUUCAACAACGAUCCCCACAAAGAGUUUCUGAUCGGGGACUAUGCAAACAAAGCGGAGCUGUUUAAGAAAAUAGAUAACCUUCCAUACCGAACAGGAGGCACAUACAUGGGAAAAGCAAUGAAUUUCCUUAAGGACAACUAUUUCACGAGUGUGGGUGGAAGCCGUAUCAAUGAAAAAGUGCCUCAGAUUGUUGUGGUGAUCACAGAUGGAGACUCAGCCGAUGAUAUAAAGGGCCCUGCUGGAGAUCUGCGACAGAUGGGUAUUCUCAUCUUUGCUAUUGGUGUUGGUCCAACCAAUAUGACAGAGUUAAAGGCCAUCGCCAACAGCCCACCUGAGCGUUUUGUGGUUAAUAUAGACAAUUACCAAGCACUGCAAGAUCUGACAACAACCAUGAAGGAGACAGUGUGCAUCUUAAUGAGGGAUCAGGGGAAAGCCAUUGCCCCUAAGUUUGCAGAUGUUUUUAUCCUGGUGGAUAGUUUGGCCCAGGGGAAAACACAGCAGAUAAGGGAACUUCUCAACCUACUGGCUGAGCACCUCAAUGUGGGUGACGGAUCUCAUAAGAUCGCACUGGCUCAAUUUGGUGAGAACGUUGUCAAGGAGUUCCUGUUCAAUGACUACAAAGUAAGAGAAAAAGCCAGAGGGUACAUAAACCGGUUUGAGCCCAGGCCCAAUGGAGAGCGAAAAUUAGGAAAGACCAUAGAUUAUGUUCGCACUCAAUUACUGAACACCGCAUCAGGCAGCAGAAUUGCUAAAGGCUACAAACAGUAUAUGCUGGUGCUGAGAACAGGGAACUCUUCUGACUCCACUCUGAGGGCCAUACGAACAAUCGAGAAUGAGGAUGUGACUGUUAUUGAUAUCAGAUUGGAAGAAAAUUUACACUACCUUUCACCUUUGCUACGGACUUUCCAGGUUGACCAGAAUAUUGUUGAUGUUGCUGCAGACAUCACGCAAAUCAUUCAGGAAAAAGACGUUUUCAGUGUUACAGGAGAUUGCAGUUCAGCCCAAGUGGCAGAUAUUGUGUUUAUUGUGGACGAAUCAAGUAGUAUAACCACAAGCAACUUUGAUCUAGUGAAACAAUUCCUCCACCGCACAAUUAGUGGGCUCGAGGUGAAUUCUGACAGCGUGAGGGUUGGAAUGAUUCUUUACAAUGACAAACCCAGAGCUGAAAUCUAUUUGGACACUUUCAUUACCAAGAGUGAUAUUUUGAACUAUAUUAAAAUCAUACCAUACAGAGGUGGAGGAACCUCAACUGGUGCAGCCCUGAAGUUUGUUAAGGACAACAUCUUUACUAAGACGAGGGGCAGCAGGAAAGAUUUAGGUGUUAAGCAGAUUGCUGUUGUCAUCACUGAUGGCAAGUCACAAGAUGAUGUCACUGGCCCUGCUGCUGAGCUGAGGCGCUCAGGGGUCACUGUAUAUGCCCUAGGGCUGAAGAAUGCUAGUGUCAAGGAGCUCAAAAAAAUAGGAUCUUACCCUGAACGACAGUUUGUGUUCAACGUGGACAGUUUUCAGAUGCUUACAUCGCUGGAGAAAAGCCUCAGAAAGAGCCUUUGUAAGGUCGUGGUCGAAAGAGGUUUCGACAAGAACAAUAGAUUCAUCCUAAAACAAGGGUGUGUGAACACAGAAGAAGCCGAUAUAUAUUUCCUGUUGCACCACUCUAGCUGCACUCGCACCGACUUUGAAGACGUGAAGAAAUUUAUCCUAGACUUCCUGCAGUUAUUUAACAUUGGACCCAAUCAAGUUCGUGUGGGAGUUGUGAAAGUUGAGCAUGAUCCGACUCUACAGUUCAGCCUGACAGAGCAUAAAAACAGAGUCUCUUUAGAAGCAGCUGUGAAGAACAUUAAUCAGCCCUAUGGAGGUACAGAGACAGGCAAAGCAUUAACUUAUGUGGCUAGUCUCUUUAGUCAGGUAAUAGCAUCCCGUUCAGCUAAGGUGCAGGAGAUUCUCAUUGUCAUAACUGAUAAGAAAUCCCUGGAUGACGUGAGCGGACCAGCGGCAGAACUGAGUAAUCUAGGUGUUUCAGUCUAUGCCAUUGGAGUAAGGGAUGCGAACAAGGAUGAGCUCUUGAAAAUGACGGCUGAUGCAACUAGGCAGUUCUAUGUGAGCGACUAUGAUGCUCUGAAUGCCCUCAAGGAUGAAAUUGUCACAGAUAUCUGUUCACAAGAGGCCUGCAAGAACAAAGUGGCAGAUGUCAUGUUUUUGAUUGAUGGUUCUUCUAGCAUUUAUCGUCCAGACUUUACAUCAAUGAAGACAUUUAUUACCAAAGUUGUGAAUGGCACCGUCAUUGGAAAAGAUCAUGUGCACAUUGGGGUGGUCCAGUUCAGCGAUAAUCCACAGAUACAGUUUCCACUGAAUACGUCCUACAACAAACAUGAAGUAGAGGAAGCGAUCAAAAACAUUAAACAGCUAACAGGAAACACAUACACAGGGAAGGCGCUCAAAUUAAUUUCAAAACAUUUUGACAAAUCCAAUGGCGGUCGGCCUGAUGUUCCACAGUUCCUUGUAGUUAUCACAGAUGGUGAAGCUCAUGAUGCUGUCGCUGCGCCCGCCAAGGACAUUAGAGACAAGGGUGUCACCAUCUUCUCAGUUGGUGUGGGCAGUGUAAACACCACACAGCUGUUGGAGAUCAGUGGAACUCGAGAUAAAGUAUAUGUGGAGAGGGAUUUUGAUGCACUUCAGUCCAUUGACAAAAACCUCAAAUUCAAGCUCUGCAGCACUGAUACAGGUUGUCCAGGCACACAGGUGGCUGAUGUGAUCUUCUUGGUGCAGUGCACCAGCCGGAUUGGUAUUCAGGAGUUUGAAAACAUUAAAACCUUUUUAAUUUCAGUGGUGAACAGCACACAGGUUGCUGACAAUCUAAUUCGCAUUGGCGUCAUUGUCUACUCAGGCACUCCAAAUCAAUUCUCUUUAAACCAGUACAAAAAUAAACGUCAGGUAGUGGAAGCCAUAAAAACCUUGAAGUCCCCACAUGGAAAUGACAACACGGCUGAGGCUCUAGGAUACUCGCUCAAUUACUUCAGUGAAGAGUAUGGUGGGCGCCAGAAAUGGGGCACUCCUCAAAUGCUGUUCAUAAUUACAGAUGGUAAUGCUACAGACCAAGUAAACUUACGUGCACGGGCUGAUGGGUUUGCAGCCAAAAAUAUAAAUGUGUAUGGAAUUGGAGUGGCCAGAGCACAAGAGAGUGAGCUGGAGAUGAUUAUCCAGAACAAAACCAAAAUCUUCUACGUUGAUAAUUACGCGGGUCUUCAAUCACUGCAGACUCACAUCUCCAAAGUGCUUUGCAAUGCAACCAAACCAGAAUGCCAGAAAGAGGUAGCCGACUUGGUGUUUCUGAUCGAUGGAUCUGAAAGCAUCAGCAAGGAGUCAUGGAGAACCAUGAUUGAUUUCUUGCAAAAUGUUGUGAACCAGCUCCGUAUUUCUCCAGAACUUUACAGAAUUGGUAUAGCCCAGUUCAGCAGUGUAUAUCAGAAGGAGUUCUACUUAAAUAAGUACAACAAUGCGAAUGAUGUGAAAAGAGCAAUUCGGCAAUUCACGCAAAUUAAAGAAGGGACAAAAAUUGGAAAAGCUCUGCAUGAGGUUGCGGAAUUCUUCGAUGAGAGCAAGGGGAGUCGCAAACAGAGCGGCGUACCACAAAAUCUUGUACUUAUCACUGAUGGUGUUUCAUCAGACUGUGUGAACGAAGCAGCCGAUUAUCUCAGAGGUCUGCAAAUUGAAAUUUUUGUGAUUGGAAUUGGAGAUGUCUCGAUGCAACAGCUCAGCUAUAUUGCCGGGUCACCAGAUAGGUUAUUCAAAGUGCAAGACUUCAACUACCUUAAUCUGACAACAGAAAUAUUUGUUGAUGCCCUCUGUUUUCCAAAAAGUUGCUCUAUUGACAUUGGCAUUGGAUUUGAUAACUCACGCAGCAGUUCAAGUUCUCUGUCAAUAUUUAGAGACCAGAAAAGGCUGCAGUCCUACCUGCCAGAGAUCAUCCGCUACAUUUCAGUUGUGCACAACCUGUGCUGUUUAAGCAGCCCAACCCUCAGUACCAAUGUAGACCUUCGACUGGUUGAUGCUAAUGGAAAUUUGCUGUAUGACUUUUCCUUCAGAGAGUAUGAUGAAGGUGUGGUGGAAAAAGUUAUGGCACUUCGGACUUCACAGUCUCUGAAAUUCAACUCCCAGCUUCUACGCUCUUUUCAAGAAAAGUUUAAAGCUUCAAAUUCUGGUGUAAAGGUGCUGAUCAUCUUUACAGACGGGCUGGAUGAACCUGUUGAGGACCUACUGCUUGCCGUCAACAGCCUCCGGACGAGUGGUGUAGACGCGCUGAUGACUGUGGCUCUAGAAGGAUUUAAAAACACUGCUGACCUGCAGAGGCUGGAGUUUGGUCGAGGGAUGCAGUACAGGCAGCUUCUCUCUAUCAGCAUGCAGAAUGUGGCCAGUGCCAUGCAGAAAGAAAUUGAUACUGUUGCCUCAAGGGAGUGCUGUAAUGUGAUGUGUAAAUGCACAGGCCAUGAGGGAGCACGUGGAAAUUAUGGUCCUCCAGGGAUUAAGGGGUCACCUGGACCAAAGGGACAUCCUGGUUUCCCUGGAGAAGGAGGAGAAACUGGUGAGAGAGGGCUUCCUGGUUUGAAUGGAUCUCAAGGACAUCAGGGAUGCAUUGGAAGAAGAGGCAAAAAGGGGGGCAGAGGCUACAGAGGUGACAAUGGAUAUGAUGGAGAAGAUGGUUUUGAUGGGGUAAAUGGUGUUCAGGGCAUGACUGGAGCAGCAGGAAGCCCAGGGGAGCGAGGAGAUCCAGGCAGCCCAGGUACAAAAGGUGUCAAAGGAAACCCUGGAAACCAAGGACAGCGAGGCCUGAGAGGAGAUCCGGGAAAUCCAGGACGAGACAACAACUCCCGCGGUCCUAAAGGUGACAUCGGUGGCCCAGGCAUUCAGGGUGAACCAGGUCUAGAUGGUCUUUCAGGCAAAAUUGGUGAUAAAGGCAGACCAGGCCCUAAUGGUAGAAGAGGCACAUCGGGUCCUCUGGGUCCCAGAGGGCCUGCAGGAGCACCAGGACUACCAGGGCUCCCUGGGGCCACAGGUCCACUGGGUGCUAUCGGUCCAUCUGGUCCAGUUGGGCAGAAAGGAUAUAUUGGUCUUCCUGGACCUCAGGGAUCCCCUGGCUUUUUAGGAAAGGCAGGAUUUAAAGGAAGCACUGGGUCCAGGGGACAGAAGGGCCAGCCAGGUGAUCCUGGAGAUCAGGGAGAUCUCGGACCUCUAGGCCCCAGAGGACUGCCGGGAAAAGAUGGUGCAGAUGGCUAUGGAUUCCCAGGGCCCAAAGGACAGAAGGGAGAUUCUGGUUUCCCAGGUUAUGCUGGACUUCAGGGCGAACAGGGUUUUAAAGGAGCAAGUGGAGGUGGUGGUCCUAAAGGCAACAGGGGAAGAGGGGGCAAUGGUGGUAGGAAAGGACCACCUGGAGAUCCUGGUAGUGAGGGGGUGUCUGGACACAGGGGCUCAAAAGGACCACAAGGAACCAAACAGAUGUCUGCCUGUCAACUGAUCUCGUAUGUCCGAGAUAACUGUGUGUGCUGUAGAGAUGACAUAAAAUGCCCUGUCUACCCCACUGAUCUUGUGAUUGCCAUGGACAUGUCUGAAGAUGUGUCUCCUCAAGACUUUGAAUACAUGCGUUCUGUAGUCCUCAGACUGUUGGACAAUAUCAACAUUGCAGAGAGCAGCUGCCCGACAGGGGCUCGGGUGGCUGUGGUCUCCUACGGAUCCUACACCAAAUACCUGAUCCGCUUCACCGACUAUCGCCGCAAGAAGCAGCUUAUUGAAGCGGUGAAGAACAUCGGCCUGGAACGCACUUUAAAACGGCGUAACAUAGGCGCUGCCAUGCGAUUUGUGGGCAGGAAUGUCCUGAAGCGUGUGCGAAAGGCCAUCCUGAUGAGGAAGAUGGUGAUCUUCCUCACUGCAGGAGAGUCUGAGGAUUCAACGUCCCUUACCACAGCCAUUCUAGAGUACAAAGCUCUGAACAUUAAGCUUGGGGUCAUCUCACUAAGCGAUGUCCCUAAUAUUAGAAGAGCUAUUGAGGCAGAUGAAACCCAGAGUUUUAUCUUAACAGAGUUGGGUGGAUUGCAAGACCAGAAUACUACUUUCAGUAAGAUCCAGAGUUGUGUAAUUUGCUUUGAUCCCUGCAAACCAGCUAGAGAAUGUGAGGGCACCAACCUAGCAUCUGCUCCUGAGGAUUUGGACAUGGACUUGGCAGUGAUUGUGGACAGCUCUCUUAACAUGCAGGCUGAUGAGUACGAGGGUGUGAAGGAGCUGCUCGGUAGUGUGCUCGAUCAGAUCGUUGUGAGCAGUCAACCCAACAGGGCCAACAGACAUGCGAGAGUGGCCGUCUACCAGCAUAGCUCCACGUACUGUGAAACCCAAUCCUGUGUGAAAGAGAUAUUCAACUUCCAACAGUUCAGAGAUCGCAGUCUAAUGAAGAGAAGCAUCUACCAGGAUCUACAGCAAGCCGGAGGUUCUUCCAGACUGGGUCUUGCGCUAGAAUAUGCCAUAAUGAAAGGCGUCCUCACAGCUUAUAACGGUCGCAAGAACAAGAUGGUGCUUUUCAUUAUUGGCGGGGAGAUAACAUCUCAGGACAGAACGCCGCUGGACUUUGUCUCGAAGGUGUCAAAAUGCAAGGGGGUUGUUUUCUUUGUCCUGACGGUGGGUGACCACAUCAGCCCUGCUCAGGUGGAGAAGCUUGCCAGCUACCCCUCAGAACAGCACAUUAUUCACCUGGACCACUUGAAACAUGGAGAACAGGAGUACACGCAGCGCUUCAUGAGAACCUUCUUCCACAUUCUGAGCAAAAAUGUGACCUACCCUCAUCAGUCAUUCCAGAAUCAAUGUAGCUCUUUUAAUCACAGUCAGCGGUUGGACCACGAGGCUGCAUUGAGACCUGUAUAUAGUGUUCCUGUGCCGCCCACUGCUUACUCCGAUGCAGCGGAUGAACAGGAAAUGGAGGAAGGCACGGCAGAGGAGAAGAAAUACCAGCAGGACUCGGGCCAUGGACUCCCAGCAGUCAAAUCUCUGACUGACCGCCCAAAAAAUCUGUGUCACCUGAACAGUGACCGUGGCACUGUUUGUGGUGGAUAUGUGCAGCGCUGGUACUACAAUGAAUCUGUCGGUGCAUGUUUAUCCUUCUGGUACGGGGGUUGUGAUGGUAAUAGUAACCGUUUCAAUUCAGAAAAGGAAUGCAUCCAGACCUGUGGCAAACGAAAUCCUGAAGUAAUCAUGCAGGCAAAUGAGGAAACUGCAUUAUUGCGUGAUGCAUGCCUCAUGAAACAGGAUAUGGGGCCCUGCAGUGACUAUGUUUUAAAAUGGCACUAUGACAUCCAGCAGAAUGAAUGCACUCGCUUCUGGUUUGGAGGAUGUGGUGGAAACAAAAACAAGUUUAACACGAAAGAGGAAUGUGAAGCUCUUUGUUUAAGACACAUUUAACCAGGAUGACUUUAUAAAUUUUUUACACUUUUGAGCAAAGACUUAUAUCAAGCGAUCAUUCUAUUCUCUCUGAGCUAGAAAAUUAUAUUUGUGCCGGUUUUACAACUAAAGAAGAACAUAAUCCCAGCAACACAAAAGCAAAUAAGUAUAUUUUUUUAUGUUCAUGGAAAUAUGUAUAUUAUUAUGUUUUAUGUUUCCGCCAAGGGAUAUAAAAGGUACAUUUGGCUUUUUUUUUUUUUUGUUGUAUCUCACAAUUAUUAAUUUUUUUUUUUUCUCAAAAUUCUGAAAAGAAAAUUAAUAAUCAGAAUAUUGAUGUAAAAAGUUGCUGUUAUCUUUUAUACUUUUUUUUCUGUGGUUGAAACAAAAACAAAUGUGAGAUAUAAACUCAUUUU